UAAUGAAUUUAAAUAAAUUUCACACAAGACAUCAAUCAUAACCAACUUUAUGGAGUUUGCAUUAACCCCAACAUAAACCUAAUACUAGACCAAAAAUAAAUCAUAAGAGAAUAGUAUUGCCUGUUAUCCCUCAAAAUCCAGCUGUAGGCUAUUAUUCUCCAAAUUUACAAAGCAUAUACUCAAAUCCUAAAAUUGCUAGAAUGCGUAGUGUAACUAAAAUACCAACAACCAAUGACUAUUCUCUAGAAAAAGUAAAACCCUAAUAAAGCAAUAAGAAGUCUUCUUAAAAGUUAACUAUAUUAGAAAUGAUGCUAAAGGAAGUAGAUGAAGAAGUUGAUUAGGAUUUGAGGGAGAAUCCUGUAAUAAUUUAGAUUAUAUAAAAAUUAGAAAUGUGCAAAAACUCCAUUGUAAUUACAACCCUUAAAUGAUAACUUUAUUGAGUAACUCAAAUAUUUGAAGUUGAAUUUACAACGACUUCUAAGAAAGAAAAUAUGA